GGAACUUAACGACGAAACGGAAGUCCCCCGUGAGCGUCUUGAUGGAAUGUAGUGAGUUGGCUAGCUUGAUAGCAAAUUAGCUGUAAAGUCGACGAAUUGUCCUGUCAAACAUUGAAGAUCUAUCGAGUGGUCUUUAAAUAUUUAUCCAACGAUGCCAGGUAGCUACGUUUUUGUUGCGCUACUGGCUGCUGUGCAUUCCAGAUACAAUUUGACCUGAAUCGUGUGUGCAUAUCACGCUGUUAGCCUUCGAGCUAAGUUUGAUUUAGCUUGUUUAUACCCCUACCAGCUAGCUACCUGCUAACAGUUUUAUAGCUAGCUAUAAAGACAAUCCAAGGUAGUAAGAAGGCUUUGCUAGUUACAGGUGACAUAACAUUCAGAUCAAAAAUAGCUUGCUUGCCAAGUUUGAUCCAAUAUGCAUGUUUUUAUAUAUUUCAAGUUAGUUAGCUAGCUCGCUAGCCAAGUAGCUUUCUUGCUCGCUAGUAACGUUAGUAUGCCAAAGCCUUUUUCAUAGGGUGAUUGCACGAUGUGUUAGUUAUCUAGUGAAUGCUAACUUAAAUAACUCGUUUCAUCAGUGACCUUGAUGGCUACAGUAAAUUUAGUCGAAACUACAACCCUUUUAUAUCAUACAUUAUUUUCAGGCUGCUUUAAGUUGGCUAUCUAGUUAGCUAGUCCGUGCUAGUUUUCUGAGUUCGCUAGCUACGUAGUUAGCUAACGUUGUGUACCAACUAGCAAACUACCUAACGUUGUUUACCAACUAGUAAGCUAGCUACUGUAACUAGCUCACUAGCAAACUGCCAAUACUCAAAAUAGGAUUUGUGCUGCGAUGAACGGUAAUGUUAGCUGUAACUAACGUUACUCCAGUUAGCUAAUUGUCUGGCUGGCUUGUUGCAGCUGUGACACGCAGGUAGGCCUCGCUCCAUGUGGGGUUUGUCAUCACUUUUUUUCUCUCGUGAUAUGUGCAUCCUUCAAUGCUGACGAUACAGGUAACGCGUUAGCUAGGUAUUGUUGAGUUAUAACGGUAGGAACUGGCUCGCUAGUAAUUGUAUCCACGUCAGCUAUAAGCGCAGCCACUGAAUCGCUACUCUGGUCUACUUUAACUAGUAUGACACUAGCAAGUAAGCCUGCGGAGAUGAACAGUCCUGAGAUGGCGAAAACACCAGGAGGCAGCAGUGCCCCCGGGAAAGAGAACGUGGCCAAUGGGCACAAGGAGGGAGAGGUGGGCAACAACAACAACCCCUUUGCUGACUACAUGUGGAUGGAGAACGAGGAGGAUUACAACAGACAGGUGGAGGAGGAGCUUCUGGAACAGGAGUUCUUAGAACGCUGUUUCCAGGAAAUGCUGGAAGAGGAGGAUCAGGAUUGGUUCAUCCCCGCCAGAGACCUCGCCCCUGGGGUGGGGCAGAUUCAGCAACAGCUCAACGGGCUAUCUGUCUCCAACGGCAACGCAGAUGAACUCGCGCGCAAGAGCAGCUUGAACCCAGAGGCGAAGGAGUUUGUUCCGGGAAUGAAAUACUAGGGUCCUCCCGCCAGUAGGGGGAACCCUCAUAAAGACUCUUUGUGACUGCUGGCUUCCCAGCAGACACCCUUGCACUUGCCUGCUUUUGGGCUGUGUGGGGUACAUGGGGUGGGGUUGGAGGGUGGGCUGGGGUAUACUCUUCAAUAAGCUUUUGGUCGCAUUCCUCUGCUCAGACGUUGCAUGCAUCAACCUAUGGUUACGUGCCAAGUCAUCUACUGUGCCGUCGGGCACCAGAUUGCUAUGACAUGUGGUUAGGGUUAUAAAUAAAAUACCUAUUCAGGAGUUGUAAGAUCUGGAAUGCGUCAGCACCGUCUGAGUAGGGGAACGCAGCCUUUUAUUUCCGUUUUGUUCCUAUGUGGUUAACUAGGCAGGGGGCAGUGAUGGGAGAAGGGUGGGCAGGGGCCAUAUCAGUAUAAAAUAAUCCUAUUGGACAGAAUGGGAGGGGCCAUCAGUAUAAGAUGUUCUUAUUGGACAGACGGCAGAACUGGAGGUCAGAUCUGCGUAGAAAGUUUGGUGUUUAUUUUUGCUCUUUCUCCUCAAUCUCAAGUGCAGCCGUGUGAGUCUGUCGUCGUGGUGAUCGUGGCUGGAGAUUUGUCUCCCCUGAUCAUUGUUGCAGUUUCCUUUUUUUGUCUUUUCUCUUUUCUGGAUGUUUUUCUUUUCCUCGGAGGCUGGUUUUAGGGUAGGUAGUGUGUAGGGCGAAGUAGGCUUGGCGAAAGAUGGACAGACUGCAGUGUACAGAAGGAUUGGAUGGGAUUUGGCUGCGGGGGCGUAGCUGACCUGCGAGGGAUUUCCAUGGCAACAAUUUCGUUUUUUCGUUUGGUUGAUAUGUAAAAACUUGAGUUGAAAUCCUGUCACAGUGUGCGACUUGCAUUAACAAACGAGGACAAAGUAUGAUGGAAUAAAGAUCAGGUACCCUCUGGGA